UAGGUAGUUCAGUGUUGCUGGGUCUGGAUUCAGAAGACUCAUCGGGCCUGAGACACUCGGCAGCGGUGUGACCUCCUGUCACUUAACCCUGUUUGUCUAAGUUUCCUCAUCUUUAAAACGAACUAGAGAAGUGAUAAUCCACUGCAGACUCUUUUCCCGAAGGGGGUCUUGAAGAGUUAGAUCUACUGAGUAUUUCUGCAGCAUGCUUCAGGGUUAGGAGAAGUUGCCGCCCCGCUACCCAAAGCUGGGCUUCCAAUGAGUUCAAAGGGGGGGGGGGGGAACAUUUGUUGACUCAAGUUGGAAAGUCGGCGAAGGGGAAGGCAGGAUCUGAGAAAAAGAAAGCGCUUUCCCUUCCAAAGGAAGCCGGAAUCUUCUUCUACAUAGAUGCAACGCGGAGGGCUGCGGCCGGCCGGGAUGGUUCCAGGGGAUCCUCUUGGUCUCUCCUCUUGCGGGUCUGAGUAUACGGCCUCCUGCCUCCCUCCUUUUUUCCCUCCUUCCCUUCCUCCCUCUCUCCCUCCAUCGCUCCUCAAGUCCUCCUGGUCUUGAUCUAAGGCAAAGGGACCGUCGGUUCUCCGGCCGCUCCUUCCAGCUCCUUUCCGCCCCGCCCCAACCCACCUCGCUCCCAUCCCCGUUCCCGUCCCUUCCCCCAUCUCCCGCCCGCCCCGCCUCUGCCCCCCCCCCCCGCCCCACCCGAGGGCUGCUGUCCUCGCGGGCGAUGUGGGGCUACGAGACAAGAGGCGAGGGCUGAGGAGGGAGGGCUUACUGCGCUGCCCACAGGGACCCUGCCGCCGCCGCCGGGGGCGCACAUCUGGCCGCAGCAGCUGGCAGCCGGGCAGGUUGGAUGGUGCGGCCGCAGCAGCGGCGGCGGCGCAGGCUGGCCUCGGGCCGAGCUUUCCGUCCCCUCCAGCAGCUCAGUCCCGGGCCCUGCCCUGCGGGGGCCGCCUCCCCGGCAGCGGGCAGCGCGGGCCGAAGGGGCGGGGGCCGGGGCGGAGCAAGGCGUUGGCCCGGGCUCCCCCUCUCUGAGCUGAGCCCCAGCCCGAGCCCGGGCCGGCCGCCCGGCCCUCCGCGAUGUCCACUAAGGGCAGGAAGUGGAAGGAGCCGGCCAGGGGGAAAGUGACCUUCCCGCCUUCGGAGGACGAGGAGGAGCAGCUCCAGCAGCAGCAGCAGCGCGGCGGCCGCUGGGGCUGGAGGGGCAUCAAUGGGGGGCUGGAACUGCUGCCCCCGCCCAGCUCCGGGGAGGCCCCCGCCGAGCCCCUUGCCGGAGAGCUGCCUCGAUCUCCGCUGGGCUUCAGCCUGUCUGUGGAACGGAGCCCGACGACGACCAAGUGGCUGGCCAUGAGGGAGAAGGGCCGGCGGCAGGCAGUGCGGGGCCCGGCGUUCAUGUUCAACGCCCGCGGGCCGAGCCUGACGGCGGAAGAGGAGCGCUUCCUGGACGCGGCCGAGUACGGCAACAUCCCGGUGGUGCGCAAAAUGCUGGACGAGUCUGAGACUCUGAACGUGAACUGCGUGGACUACAUGGGCCAGAACGCGCUGCAGCUGGCCGUGGGCAACGAGCACCUGGAGGUCACCGAGCUGCUGCUCAAGAAGGACAACCUGAGCCGCAUCGGCGACGCGCUGCUGCUGGCCAUCAGCAAGGGCUACGUGCGCAUCGUCGAGGCACUGCUCAGUCACCCGGGCUUCGCGGCCGGCCGCCGCCUGACGCUGAGCCCCGGCGAGCAGGAGCUGCGCGACGACGACUUCUACGCGUACGACGAGGACGGCACGCGCUUCUCCCCUGACAUCACACCCGUCAUCCUGGCGGCACACUGCCAGAAGUACGAGGUGGUGCACAUGCUGCUCACUAAGGGCGCCCGCAUCGAGCGGCCUCACGACUACUUCUGCAAGUGCCCGGACUGUGCCGACAAGCAGAGGCGCGACUCCUUCAGCCACUCGCGUUCGCGCAUCAACGCCUACCGCGGCCUGGCCAGCCCCGCCUACCUGUCCCUAGCCAGCGAGGACCCUGUGCUCACGGCGCUCGAGCUCAGCAACGAGCUCGCCAAGCUGGCUAACAUCGAGAAGGAGUUCAAGAAUGAUUAUCGGAAGCUCUCCAUGCAAUGCAAAGACUUCGUGGUGGGUGUGCUAGACCUUUGCCGAGACUCUGAAGAGGUUGAGGCCAUCCUCAAUGGAGAUGUGGAUUCUGUGGAACCGGUAGUCGGACAGCACCAUAGAGCAUCCCUGAGUCGGGUAAAGCUAGCUAUCAAGUAUGAAGUAAAAAAGUUUGUGGCUCAUCCCAACUGUCAGCAGCAGCUUUUAACUAUCUGGUACGAGAACCUCUCAGGAUUACGGGAACAGGCCAUUGCUAUCAAGUGUUUGGUGGUGCUGGUCGUGGCCUUGGGACUCCCAUUCCUGGCUAUUGGCUACUGGAUUGCCCCAUGUAGCAGGCUUGGGAAAAUCCUGCGCAGCCCAUUCAUGAAAUUUGUGGCCCACGCUGCCUCCUUCAUCAUUUUCCUCUGCCUGCUGGUGUUUAACGCCUCUGACAGGUUUGAGGGCAUCACCACGCUCCCAAACAUCACCGUCAUUGAUUAUCCAAAGCAGAUCUUCAGGGUGAAAACAACCCAGUUCACCUGGACCGAGAUGUUAAUCAUGGUCUGGGUUCUCGGGAUGAUGUGGUCGGAAUGUAAGGAGCUGUGGCUUGAAGGGCCGAGGGAGUACAUUUUACAGCUGUGGAAUGUACUGGACUUUGGAAUGCUUUCCAUCUUCAUCGCAGCAUUCACCGCCCGGUUUCUAGCCUUUCUUCAGGCCACCAAGGCACAGCAGUAUGUGGACAGAAAUAUCGAAGAAAGUGACCUCAGCGAAGUCACUCUUCCUCCAGAGAUCCAGUAUUUCACUUACGCUAGAGAUAAAUGGCUCCCCUCUGAUCCUCAGAUCAUCUCGGAAGGCCUCUAUGCAAUAGCGGUUGUGCUCAGCUUCUCCCGGAUCGCCUACAUCCUGCCAGCCAAUGAGAGCUUCGGCCCCUUGCAGAUUUCUCUUGGGAGGACUGUGAAGGACAUCUUCAAGUUCAUGGUCCUCUUCAUUAUGGUGUUCCUGGCAUUUAUGAUUGGGAUGUUCAUACUGUAUUCCUACUACCUGGGGGCCAAAGUCAACUCUGCUUUUACCACAGUAGAAGAAAGCUUCAAGACCUUGUUUUGGUCCAUAUUUGGAUUGUCCGAAGUAACAUCCGUGGUGCUGAAAUAUGAUCACAAGUUCAUCGAAAACAUCGGCUAUGUUCUUUAUGGAAUAUACAAUGUCACCAUGGUCGUGGUCCUCUUGAACAUGCUCAUUGCCAUGAUUAAUAGCUCCUACCAAGAAAUCGAGGAUGACAGUGAUGUUGAAUGGAAGUUUGCUCGAUCAAAACUUUGGUUAUCUUACUUUGAUGAUGGGAAAACCUUGCCCCCACCCUUCAGCCUUGUGCCCAGUCCCAAGUCCUUUAUUUAUCUCAUCAUGCGGAUUGUUAAUUUUUCCAAGUGCAGGAGGAGAAGACUGCAGAAGGAUAUAGAAAUGGGAAUGGGUAACUCCAAGUCCAGGUUAAACCUCUUCACUCAGUCUAACUCCAGAGUUUUUGAAUCACACAGUUUUAACAGCAUUCUCAAUCAGCCAACACGCUAUCAGCAAAUCAUGAAAAGGCUCAUCAAACGGUAUGUGCUGAAAGCCCAGGUAGACAAAGAGAACGAUGAAGUCAAUGAAGGUGAAUUGAAAGAAAUCAAACAGGACAUUUCAAGCCUGCGCUAUGAACUUUUGGAAGACAAGUCCCAAGCAACAGAGGAGUUAGCGGUUCUAAUCCAUAAACUCACAGAGAAACUAAAUCCCAGCAUGCUGAGAUGUGAAUGACUCAAGGAAGCACCUGGAAGUCUGUUAUUGACUAUAGCACAAACAUGGGCAAUAAUAUUUCUAACAGAUACUUGGGGGGAAAGACUUUGUCGAUUUUUAGUAUUAACUGCCUUUAUUAUGUGAAUCUUUCCUUGAAAACCAAGAUUUCAAGAUUUGACUAGUUUAGUCCAUCAGCAAAAUGAUCAUAUUUUAAUUGUCUGCACUGAUAUUUUUACAUUUUUUAAAAAAUAAUAUGCCAUCAUACAGAAAAGGCCAGUUGUAGAGAGCUGAUCAGGAGACUGACCUAGUUGGAUGAAGAUACAGAACAGUACGCCUUGGUUUGAGAUUUUGGUUGUUAUCCCCCUUGAGAAGGUGUAGACUCUUUGUCUUCCAUUGUGUGACAGUGUGGAACCAGAGGACUUGGAGUUGAAUCUUGACUCCACCAUUUACUACAAUUGUGACCUUGGACAACUCAUGUUUCCUCUCUGUUUCUUCAUCUGUAAAACGAAGGAGUUAGACUAGAUGACCUCUAAGGUCCCUUCCACUUAAAAAACCCCCAAAACUAUGGUCCUCAAACUCUGAUGACUUCAUUGAGAAUGUUGAGAACAUCUUUAAGUCAUUAGAGCCCUCUGAUGAAGAAUGAUUCGGUGUUCAUGGAUAUAAUUUGAUCGAUUCAGAGUAUGAAUCCAAGCUGCCCCUUUGUGCCAGGCACCAAGGGAGCACCUAGCCUUGGUGAGAUCCUCAGAUGGAUCCAGAGAGAGUCUAAACUGGGAAAAUGAAAGCAGACCAUAAACCCUGGAUAGGAGGGGGAGCCUGGUGCUUAAUACCCCAAGGACCACCCACCCCUAAAGCCAAUCCUUAUUCUUCACACUCUCUGAAUUGACAUGGAAGCUCAAGAGAUGCCCUCAGCCUCCUUGUGGGCAUUAAUUAAUGGGCAUGUUAGCACUCAGAAGGGAAGCACAAAAGCCCAAACCAAGGCUUACCUCCCUCUAACUGCUUCCAGUUGAUCAGCCUCUCCUAAACAAAUGUCUGUUCCAUUAAGCCAUUGUGAAUAAUUUUCCAUUUUUUUCCAACAUACCUUUCAGCAUUCCGACAGAAAAAGAAAUAGCCCAAACCACACAUUCCUGUGCAGCAAGUGGUCCAAAAAAGAUUCCUUUGGAGAAUUGUUGAAGAAUAUAGGGCUCAGGGAGAACUGCUGAGAUGAUUUUGUUCUGAGAUUCUCAAUGUUGCCUUCAAGCCCAGGGUCAGGAGCUUGAUGACAAGAAGUGGAGUUGUGCUGUCCAAAGCGAUGAACAUUACUGUGUACUUUAUUUCUAUUUCUAUAUAUAUAUAUAUAUAUAUAUGGAAGUGUGUGUGUGUGUGUGUGUAUGUAUAUAUAUACAUGUUGUAAAUUGUGUCCUUUUGGUCUUAGCUCCCGUCCACCUUUCUCAAGGCAAUUUGAAUUUAGUCCCAAGUGCAUUUUCAUGGGGCAGACACUUUAUUUGAAAUUCUCUGCCAGGCUGAUGACUUUACCGUAGGCUUCUUGUUGCUGCCUCGGAGGCUGAGCAGCCCAAUGUAAUAUAUACACUUAGCAGACUUUGAGUUUUGUGAGUGUAUUUUAUAUGCAAAGAAAUCAUGCACUAAAAAUGAACAGCAAUAAAAGAAAAGCCCAGAGUGCUGUGCAGCUGUAGCUAGAUGCUAGAUACUGCUAGAUACUUCUGGGGCCAGCAGAUAUUGCCAAGGAGGGCAGAAUUUGGCUGAGGAGGACUCCCCCCGCCCCCAUCAAAAAGAGAUAGAUCUUAAUCUCCCAGACCACACUUACCUCUUGUCCAUUGGUCUUGGCUACAGGGAUUACCUUUCAAGUGGCCCAAUGGCCAUCCCUCUUUUUCCUUCCUCAUCUCUGGAAUCACAUUGGACAGGAAGGUAGAAAUUGCCUAAUUUGUCUUUGUUCAAAGCUCAAGAGUUUGAAGAAAUAAAAUCUCAAUUUUAGCCCAGAGCAAUGCCCCAUAGCAUCAGGCCUGUUAUCAGGAAGAUCUGAGUUCAAAUACAGCCUCAGACACUAACUGUGUGAUCUUGGAAUAAUUUGACCCUGUUUGCCUCCAUUUCCCCGUCUGUCAAAUGAAGUGCAGAAGAACUUGGCAAAACUCUAGUAACUUUGCCAAAAAACAAAACAAACAAAAAAACAAAAAAACUCCAAGGAGAGUUGGACUGACUGAAAAUGACUAAACAACAACAGAUGGCCCACAGGUUCAUUUGUCUGUAUUCCAUGUUUUCUGUGGGAGUUUAUUAAUGUGGAUUGUUAAGAAAAUAAAAACAAAAGCUCUGAGCCUCCAGACCACAAUGACUUCUAGUUGUCAGGUUAAAGAUGACGUGUUAAAAAAAGUUGAUGUGCUAAAAUCUUUAUGUUUAAAUAGUCCCUGCAGUCCUCCCAGUCAUUGUUCCUAAAGACAAAGGCAGUUUAGAAAUUGUGUCUUAAUCUAAGAGAAACAAAAUCUAAAAUGGUAAUAAAGGAAUACAGAAUAGUUUAACAAGAGGAAAGUGAGAUUUAGGACUUAAACCUUCACCCUGUCAGACAGAAAAGGAGGAGAAAAAAAGAGAAUAAUUCGUCAGCAACUUGCGUUUCCUUAGGAAAGACCAGUCUCAUCCUCCCCAGAAGGAUCUUUCUGAAAACAGCCAAGAUGUAAGCAAAAGGUUCCAGGAUCUUAAUGUUUAUAAAUCAGUCCUCACAUCCUGUUGUUAUUGCUGUCCCUAACAGAAGCAGUUGAGUAUUUCUGUGCCAAUCCUGUCUCUUCCCAAAUAAAACAGGGAAAGCUGUCUCUGAAACACUGAACUACAUCUCCCAAGGGGCCCUCUGAAUGUUCAGUUAUAUUUGUCCAGGGAUCAUUGACAGUUCUGUAUGAAGAGAAUAUUUGUGUCAAUCACAGCAAACACCUGCUAGGAUAUUUUCAUCUUCCCAAAGCACUCUAGUCCUUUUUAUCUCCUUUUUUUUUGGUUUUGGUUUAUACCUGCAAUUUAAUCUCUGCAGGGAACUUUCUAGUGUGUGAGAAGCUGGACUGGAAUCCAGGUCUCUUCAACUCCAAGGUUGGCUCUUUACCUACUAUAUCACUCUGCCUCUUCAACUAUAGAAAUAAUCUAGAAACUGGUAUAAUUGUAUUUGAAGUCUAUCAGAAUAGGUUUGGAUACUCCUACAAUGUUUCAAACUCCAAAUAUUGGAAGGCUUCAUGAGAAAGAGAUUUUACUUCUAUUUACCACAAGAGAAGAAAUUGUGAGGGCAAAGGAGUGGAGAGUGGAGUUGCCAGGAGGUGAAUUUGGGUCUGGUGUCCUAACAUUCUGACGUGUCUCAGUGUGGAGUGGGCUGUCUCAGAAAGCAGUGGGCUCUACCUCUACUCACUGGAGAUCUUCAAGCAAAGGUGGAGCAACCACAUAUGGGGUAUGUUGGAAAGGAUAUUCUUCUCCAGACAGAUCAGAUACCCUUUGAGGUUCCUCUAAUUCUGUGAUUCUGGCAUUCUAUAAAGAAAUGGGCUUUGGGCCAAAAAGGCAUCCUAGCACAAAGAUUUGUAUUUGCAAAAUGUUUACUGAAUCACCAAAGAAUGGGGAAAAUUUCAAAAGGACUUCUGCCAGCCACUUUAAAUUAUUUAGAGAUUUAUACGUUGGAUCAUUAGUUCCCCCACUACAAGCUGUUCCCAUAGCACUCUCCUAGGAAUAUAAAUUGUAAUUAUUUUCUUCCUGCAUUUGGGUGAAAGAACCUGGAUGGCAGAGCCAAAUACAACUUCCCAGAUUCAGUGAUAUCAGCUAGCAUAUCCUGGAGAUGCUCAUAACGUUUCAAGGGAUAUAUUUUAUUGUUUCUACCUGGAGAAGUUUGUUUCUGUUGCCAUUGGGCGGGGGGGAAAUGAAAUCCUCUUUGUGCUCUACAAGUAGUUUUCCAAAUUUCACAUGUAUUACACAGUUGAGUAUUUGAUGUGAAGCCUCAGAUCUCAAUAAAUGACUGAAUAUUU